GAAUUGCAUCAUGGGAAGAAGAACGUCGCCAUUUUGAAACAAAACACGUUGCUCUCCAAUAAGUUGAAGAAUCAAAGAAUAACAGAAGUAAUAAAAACAGUUUUCAUUGAAAAUGGACUUCCAGAACCGUGCUGGGGGCAAGACUGGUUCAGGAGGAGUCGCUUCGACWUCAGAAUCUAAUAGAGAUCGAAGAGAACGGCUACGACAGCUCGCAUUGGAAACGAUUGACUUGAAUAAGGAUCCUUAUUUCAUGAAAAAUCAUCUUGGUUCCUAUGAAUGCAAGCUGUGUCUUACUCUACACAACAACGAGGGAAGUUACUUGGCUCACACACAAGGAAAGAAGCAUCAGUCAAAUUUGGCUCGCCGUGCUGCAAAGGAAGCUAAAGAUGCUCCAGCACAACCAGCUCUUGAAAAACCAAGAGUUUCAAUGAAGAAGUUUGUUAAGAUUGGCCGCCCUGGUUAUAAAGUAACCAAACAGAGAAAUCCAGAAAAUGGUCAACAUAGUCUACUUUUCCAGAUUGAUUAUCCUGAGAUAGCUGAAGGUGUAAUACCCAGACAUAGAUUUAUGUCAGCGUACGAGCAGAGAAUAGAGCCACCAGACAAGACAUGGCAGUAUCUACUCUUCGCAGCUGAGCCAUAUGAAACUAUAUCAUUUAAGAUACCAAGCAGAGAAAUCGAUAAAGAGGAAGGGCUAUUCUGGACACAAUGGAAUAAAGAUACAAAACAGUUUUACUUACAGUGUCACUUUAGACUCACUCCUCAGCAGCUACAGCAGUCCCAACAGCAGCAGCAACGAAAACCUCCACAACCAUUAAUGCCCCCUGGRCUUGUACCUCAACGUCCAAAAAACAUCCCUSCCGCAAAUCCUUUAAACCCCUUCGCUUCUUGAAGACUCAUUUUUACAGAACUCUUUUUUUGUGUGACUUUUUCUUUCCUAAAGCCAAUUCUAUAAGACCUCUUUUUUUUCAAAAAUUUUUGUCCUUUGUUCACUCUUUUUUGCUUGUGUAGCAUUUAGAUGACAAGAUGCUGGGAUGUGGAGCAGGAGGAGGUUGUCAUUUAACUCACAAGCUGUGUUCUGCUUGAAUCGCAAUAAUUGUCCAAAAAAACAAGUGUGACUUGGAACGACUUAGCAACCUGUUCCAAGGCCCUGGACCGGGUUGUUCAAAGCUGGAUUAGCGCUAAUCCCUGAUUAACUCUAUAGGUCUUAUUAAGAGUUAACCCAGGAUUAGCACUAAUCGAGCUUUGAACAACUGGGCCCUGUUGCUUAAAGCCAGAUUAGAGCUAAUCCUGGGUUAACUGUAAAUGAUAUGUAUAGCGUUACAGUGACAGUAUGGAUUAGCACUUAUCUGGCUUUGAACAAUCAGGCCUUGCAGUCUCCUAUUCAUAGUUUGGUGAGACAACACUAACAGCAGCUGAGUAGGAGAUUUAUAAAGGACUCUUCCGCAGUUUUAAACUUAAACAAACUAUCUUUAAUGAGCAUUUUGUUUAACAAAUAAACUGCUAAUAGGAAGUGGGAGUUACAGACACCCAAUCAAAA